GGUGAGGAGCUGCGGGAGGAGUUUCUCGGGGAGCAAGGACCAGAGACGCCUACCGAGACCCUUAACGUCGUUCUGAGCCACAGUGAGAACACAUGAAUAGAAGAAAAUUUCUUCUUGCCUCAGUUCUUGCCCUCCAGAAUUCGAGUUUUAUAUAUCCUUCAUGUCAAAAGUGCUUCUCUCGGAUAAUCCUGGUCUCCAAAAGGUCUAAUUGUCCAAAAUGUGGCUGUACUGGUGAAGCUGAAAAUGCCAGUUACAGAUAUAAACUUACCCUGAAAGUUGCAGAAUCAAACAAAUUAUUUGGCAUUACUGUAUUUGGAAGCUGCUUAGAUGCAUUUUUUGGUCUUACAGCUACUGGUUUGCACAGGUACAUUCAGGAUCCUAAUGAAAUUCCAGAAACACUGGACAGUGAUACAACUCAGAAACUAUUAACUAAAGCAGUUGAAACUUGCUUUGUUGGACAAAGCUUUAUUUUUGGAGUGACGAAUUUUGAAAGUCAACAUGGACACGGUUUAGGUUCCAGCAACCUCUUAGAGCGGUACCUAGACCACAAGAGAGAAGUUAAAGCGCUAGUAGCUUGCCAGAUUGCUCUACCAGACCCCAGUGUUGUAGGCUUCACUGUCAUUGACUAUUUCCAUCGGCUUUUGCAGCUUUCUGGUAUCAGGAAACUUCACUGUGGCUCCCAGGCACCUUAUAGCCACUUACUUGCUUUAGAAAAUUCAGCUAGUGGUCUCAGCAGCAUAUGUGGCCCUGACAGCAGUUCUUAUUGCUUUGAGCCCUAUGGCAGAGAUAAUUUUUCAGGAUUCUGGCAGCUAUCACUUGAACUCACUUCCAUUGUUUCACAACUAACAGAUGAUGAUGAUCUUUCAGCUUCAAAACAAAGCAAGGCCAUUGAUACUCUUCACCAGAACCAAACGUGCAUCUCCUCUGCAGAGGCCACUAAUUCCAGUAGCUGCCAUGAUACCAUUCAGGGUUCACAGAGCCUUGUUUCUUAUAUGGAUAAAAAGAGUGCAGCACAAAAGCUGGGUGAAGAACUUGGCUUACAAGCUAAUCAUCCAAGUGGAGUUCAUAGCAAUCAUCAUGAAAUUGGAGUUCCUGGCUCUAAUUUAUUCCCUUUGAAAGUGCAAGAGCCCCUUGAGCCAAGUAAUACAAAAUCCUUCCACAGUGCAAUAGAUGUUAAAAAUAUAUAUUCCCAGUGUGAGCUAACAUGUCACCAGUAUCAUGAUGUAGAUAUCCCCCCUAGCUUUCAGGAGAGAUCUAUGUGUUGUCCAGCUUCAUCACUCAGACUUGAAGAGAUAGCUGGUGGUUCCCAGGACUGUGACCCCAAGAUCUGGGAUGACCUGCCACUCUCUGAAAGCCUAAACAAAUUUCUGGCAGCUAUCGAAAGUGAGAUUGCUAUAACCCAGGCAGAUGCCAGUAGCAGGAAAUGUCAUCUAGAUAAUGACAUCAGUAAAUUACAUGCAGACCACAGCAGGUUACCUGUGACUCCACAGAGAAGUACUAGAGCCUUGCAUACACCACCUAUAGCCUUAAGAGCACCACAAGCAAUAGUCAAAGCAAACUCUAGCAAAAAUAACUUCCAUUCCAACCAUGAAGCAAAUCCAAGUCCUAGUGUUCAUAAGGAGUCACAACCAGAGUACACGGCAGAGGUUGUCUCUAUAAGUAAUAGUGAAAGAGACAUUUCUGAAAAUUUUCUACCCAGUGUGUAUCUAUCAGCUCUGUUUCCAUCUUCAAAAGGCUCAGGCACAACAGCUACUCUUAAAUCUAUUAGAAUUCCACCACAUGAGGCUGAAAUUUUGCUUAAGCACAAUACUUCAGAGACUGACCAUUCUUGUCUCCAUAGAAAAUAUUUUAAUGGAUGCAGAGAAAAAUCGCUAUCAGAAAUGAGUGAAAAGUUGACAACUUUGCGUUCUAAGAGGUACAAUAUUGUUUCCAACAUUCACAACUUAGAAAAUAAACAAUACUGUAGGCAGCCAAAGAACCAGGGUGACAGUUUGACAAUUUGCAGAAAACUCAUAUAUCCUUUAGAAGAUCUUUGCAGUACUCCAAAUAGAAGUACAACUACAUUAAAAGAAAUGCCUUUUGAACACACUGGUAAUAACCUAACCCAGAACUGUUCUGGUCAUGAAGGUGGCUACAAUGCUUCUGCUGAUCUCUUUGAUGAUAGUCCUAAAGAAAUGGACAUUGCAACAGAAAUGACCAAAAAGUCGCAGGAUAUUUUGUUACAGUGGGGAAAGUCUUUGACAGAAAGUCAGCAUACAGAAUCUGAUUUUUCACUGAGAUCACUCUCUGAAAACUGCAGCCAAUCUUCACAAAAAUUAUCCUUAGAAAAUACAUCUGCCUCUUUGUAUCCAAGAACAUGUCCCUCUCCACCUCAUUUUCAAUCAGAUUCAGAAUAUGAUUUUGAAGAAAGCCAAGACUUUGUUCCGUGUUCACAGUCAACUCCAGUUACAGGAUUCCACCAAACUAGAAUUCAUGGAAUGAAAGGAGCUUUCACAAAAUUUCCUGCCUUUUACUUGGACCUAGAUGCUAACUAUAAAAAAACAAGGAUUUCCUCUGUAAGUGAUGUACAGCAAGCCACCCCUAGCUGUCCAAAAAAUAUGAAGACACCCAGCCGGAAAUCCAGAAGCCCUAGUGUAUCUGGUAUUACACAACCAGCGGCCUCCAACAACUGUCCUGUUGCCAAGAGUCUUGAAACUGAUGUUGAUGAAUGGGUCCCUCCUACCACACAAAAAGUAUUUCCUUCAAAAGUACUUGGAUUCCGGGCCAUGGGUCUAAGGAAAUGCCCUGCUGCUUAUAAUUCUCCUGAUCAAAAAGAGUUACGGAGAAAAAAACUGAAAUAUGUCAAACAAAGAACUAAUAAAUGUUUAAUUAAGAAGGACUUAAAUUUGAAGAUUAUGCUUACAGCAGCAGAACAGAAAACUCCUGACUGUAACAGUACAAGGUCAGGCUGGAUUUUCAAAGAGUCGGUUUUGGGACUUGGUUCUUGUUCAGAAGUCAAAUGUUGCCUUCCCUGUUCAGAAAAUUGGUCACCUUCCAUGCCUGAAACUAAAAGUGCUUGGUCUCCUGAAUUGUUCUAAUAAAACGUCACCUGGACACAAUUUCUGAGCUUUUAAAGCUAAGUCUGUUUGGAAACUCUUGCCUCCAGUGUCAUGGAAGUCAUUCUUACCAUUUUGAACAUUUGAAGAGAAGCAAAUAGAUAAGAGGUGCUACUGUGCCUUUUUAAAUGAUGGGAAGCCAUUGUUUUUCCCAGUGUUUUUUUCAGAAUACUCUAAUUUCAGAUAAUUUGGCACUUUAUCUUAUAUUGUUAAUUGUACUUAAGUAAUAUUAUUAAUUUUGCUUAUUGAAAGUAUUUGUUAAAAUCACAUGAACGUUCAGAAAUAAAGCCUUU